AUGUCUGUGUCCGACACUACGGCACUUUUGUCCCAAAGUCACUCCAUCAUAUAUGGCGAACGCAGUGAAAAUGCAGAAUGUGUUCAGAACAAAGAAAAUCAGAUAUCAUUGGUGUCCAUCCAUACUAUCCUCAUAGAAAUAAACUCUAAGUUAUCCAAUAUUGAAACCAAAAACAAUGCAUUAGAAGAAAGAUUGUCAGCGAUCGAAGAAAAAGUUGUCGUCGUGAACGAAAUGCAAAAAUCUCUUGGCACUAUGAAAAACAAAAUAGCCUAUGUUGAAAAUGGUCUUGAAAUAACAAAAAAGGAUCUUUCUAGUCUGGAAUCUAACGUAAAAGAUCUUGGAAAUGUUUUUGACUCUGUUAAAGAAGAAGCACAAAGUAGUAAAAAAAUUGCCAACAGCAAUAAACAUGAAAUUCUAAAAACUACCACAGCCCAAAAGAACCUCGAAGACAAAGUGAAUAAGGAACUGAGAGAAAUGAGAGAAGCCAGUGAGAGUAUUAAAGAAUCCUUGACGGAUUUAAAAACACGUUCCAUGCGGGACAAUCUUAUCUUCACUGGAAUUCCAGAGGAGAGAUGGGAAAAUACAGAGGCGGUACUCCAAGAUCUCCUACAAAAGAAAUACAAAUUAGAGUACGAUAUUCCAUUUGAGAGAGUGCAUAGAAUGGGCAAAUGGUCAGAAUUCAAGGAGCAGCCCCGAAAUAUCAUUGCGAAAUUCUCUUACUUUAAAGAUCGCGAAUUCAUCCGAAAAAAUGCUGCAAGGAAGCUCAAAGGAAGUCGUAUAUGGGUAAAUGAACAAUUCCCUCCAGAAAUUGAAGAAAAAAGAAAGCGUCUUUAUCCAGUGUUAAGACAAGCUAAGAAAGAUCACAAACGCGCGAGUCUGAUUCGUGAUACUCUAUACAUUGAGGGAGAAAAAUACGACUCAUCAACAGAAUCCGCUCCCCGUUUUUAUCCAGAUCGCGCCGUGUCGAAUUAUACAACCCCAGCUCAGAGUCAUCAGAGCGGGACCGCCAAGGAUCACCAACCACUAAAGAGGCAGCGCCAAGGAUCGACGCCUGACCGAUACUAG